AUGCCAAGAUUGACUUCUCGUCAUGGUACAAGUCCCUUCAUAUGGUGUGCAGCCAUCAUUUGUGCUAUUAUCUCUAUCGUCGUGAUCUUUGGUGGCAUUGUAGUCUUCGUCGGUUACAUGGUUAUUCACCCUCGAGUUCCAAUCAUUAGUGUCGAUGGUGCUCACCUCGACCUCUUAAAGUAUGAUAUAGUUGGAGUCAUGCAAACGCAGUUAACAAUUGUGAUACGAGCGGAGAAUGAUAACGCCAAGGCUCACGCUUUGUUUGAUAAAACCGAGUUUAAACUAAUUUACGAAGGUAAAACAAUUGCGUAUUUAAGACAAGACGAGUUUGAAGUUGACAAAGAGAGAUCUGUAUUAUCUAAUUACUUGGUUCAGUCAUAUCCAAUACCACUGAAUCCAACAAUGAUGGAAGCCAUAGACUUUGCGGUUAAACAAGAUGUGAUUACGUUCCAGCUUAAAGGUGGGUCAAAGGCUCGAUGGCGAGUCGGACCAUUAGGAUCGGUUAGGUUCGAGUGUAACCUUAGCUGUGAGCUUAGGUUUAGACCGUCUGAUCAUAGUUAUAUUUCAUCUCCUUGUACUUCUGCUCAUAAGAAUUAG